AGUGGACACGCGGCUGGGGAACGCGGCAAGUGGGGUCGCGUGACCGCGUCACUUGACCCUUGCCGCCCAAACGCGGCCUCGAAUCUCGAUGAAGGUCGCGCACAACGUCGACGGCAGUCCUUCGAUGCCGUAGGGGCACAGAUCGAUAUGAGAAGUACUCACUCUUGCUUUACUGCUACCAGGUCCAUUCCGACUGCUCGUGGUAGCAUUGGUACGGAGAUACGGCCGCUACUCCGCGCCGUUCAGGGGAAACAUGACCAACAACAGAGAGAACUCGCAGUAUGCCCUCAAGUUCGCAGGAGCGGCUCUCAGCAAUAUGGCUGCGUCAGCGGCUACUAAUCCGUUAGAUAUCGUGAAGGUCAGACAGCAAUUGCGCACACAAUUGCCUGGAGCUCGCUCCAAUGCUUUCUGGACCGUAGGCGUCGAGAUGGCACGCACGGAAGGCGUAUUGAGCCUCAUGAAGGGCUUCUCGGCGAGUAUGCUCCGGGAACUCGCAUAUUCCGGUAUGCGGCUGGGUUCAUACGAGUACUUCAAGGAUGUGCUGUAUGACCAGUCACGGGGCGCGCUGAGCAGGGAGGGAAUUGGGUUGAAGGUGGCUGCGGCUACAAUCGCGUCUGCGAUCGGGUCAGCCGUUGCGAAUCCGACAGACUUAGUCAAAGUGCGCAUGCAGGCCUACUAUCCUGACGGAGGCCCAUACAAGAACAUGCGGCACGCGUUUGCGACGAUAUGGAAGGAGGGCGCAGCACCGACCACUGCAUCAGGCCCUAGCUCUAUGUUGGGCGGUCUCCGCGCGCUCUACCGCGGGGUGAAUCCGACCACCGUGCGCGGGAUCGUGCUGUCGGUGUCGCAGAUAUGCUCGUACGAUCAAGUGAAGCAGGUAUUGAAGCGUCGGAAUCUGAUGCAGGAGGGAGUGGGCCUGCACUUUGUGGCGAGCAUGGUUGCUGGGCUUGUCUGCUCGAUCACCUCUAAUCCCGUAGAUGUCGUGAAGGUACGACUCAUGAACGACAGCGAACGCGAGUUCCGCGGCGUGUCCGACUGCGUGCGGAGCAUCAUGACCCGGGAAGGACCCCUUGCGUUCUACAAGGGCUUCGGUAUGUGUUGGGCACGCCUGGGACUACACACGGUUCUGACCUUUGUUGUUUUUGAGCGAUUGCGGUUCUUGUUCGGGGUCGGGGCGUUGUAAUGGGAUAGUAUUGUAUGCAUGUGAUACUACACCAUCGCCCGGACCGCCUUUGUACUUCUGAAUGGCUUCUGAACACCUUCUCGACGGACCAUGCGAUUGAAUACAAGGCAUUGCACUGAAAUUGUAGUGGAGUAAAGUGGUCGCUCCCAGCAGACAACAACUAUGAGUAGGCGCCCUCCCAAUUCCCACGCGCACGACGCGCGCGGCGCUGUCUUCUCACGUGACCGUGACUACGCGUGGCUCAUUGUU